CUCUCUCUCUCUCUCUCUCUCUCUCAGCCAAGAACAUGAAGCACACCCUGUGCCUCACACUGUGUGUUCUCUUCUUCAUCUUACUACUUUCUUCCACAAGUUCGUCAAUAACUUUGAACACACCUAUUAUCAAAUAAUAGAUAUAUAAUCUUCAUCAACGCUAAAUCUUAUUCUUUUAUUUAGGACAAGAGGAUCCAGAGCUGAAUCCAUUAGUUUCAGCUAUACCAGUAGAACACGACCCGGUUGAAAAAUUGAUGGGGAUGGAAUAUUGCGGAGAUGGAGACGAAGAAUGCCGGAGGAGAAGGAUGAUAACGGAAGCUCACUUAGACUACAUUUACACACAGCACCAUAAGCAUUAACAUCUUUUAAUAUUAUAAUUUGCCUGUAAGGUUUACUUAGAUAUGUAUAAUGUAUUGAAUACGAUGAGUCCUAUGUGACAAAAACAGUUAUGAGGAAAUUUCCUAGCGAACUAUUUGCAGGUUUAAAAGUAUAUAAUGAUCUGUUGUAAUGUUCCAAAUCUAGUUAAGAGAGUGCAAAUAUUAUCUAAUAACCCAUU